AUGCACAGUUGUAGCCUUGUUUUUCUUCCUUUACACAUUCACUACAGCAACACAGAGAACGGACCGCUUGUCCAUCUGCAGGGCAAGACAAAGACAGGGGCGGGGGUAGAAUGCACCCUGAAAGGGUUCCACCACUACUUCUACAUAAGCAAGAUGAAAGAUGAAGAAGUGGAUGAAAAUGCACUAAGAAAAGCACACAAAGAAAUAGACGAAGUAAAAACAGUCACAAAGUCAAACAUAUACGGAUACGCAGAAGAAGCAAACGAGUACCUCCAGAUAUUCAUCAGAGACCCAAAGGCAAUGGCAUCAGCUAGCGCAGCAGUUCGCGACUACUUCGAGAAAGCAGACAGAUCAAAGAGCAGUAGCCACAAGAAAAAAAACAGAAUUAUAUUCGAAGCAAGCGUGGGGUACAUUAUCAGGUUUAUGGUGGACAAGGGAAUCGUUGGCAUGGGGUACGUGGAGGCGCGCAAUGUGAGUGAGGUAGUCCGCCAGGAGCAGAACGUAAUCAAACUCGAGGUAAAUCACAAUGCAAUCUUCCCCAUCCAAAACAUCCCCAGGCUGCCACCCAUCAAGAUACUCAGUCUGGACAUUGAGUGCAUAGGAGAGGGGAACAGGUUUCCGAGUCCCCUGAUAGAUCCUGUUGUGCAGAUAGGAAAUGCUAUCUCUAUAUAUCCAAAUCCGGCAAUUGUGGAAAAAGUUUUAUUUUGCACAAAAACCAUCAAUCCCAUCCCAGGCGUUACGGUUUUCACAUUUGAAGACGAGCGAGAAAUGCUCAUGGGCUGGUCGCAGUGGGUUGCAUCCACGAACCCUGAUGUCCUCACGGGAUACAACAUCACACAGUUUGACAUGCCGUACCUUCUGAAUAGAGCCAAUGCGCUAUCUCUCGAAAAGUUCAAAUACUUCUCCAGGACAGGGGAGGCUGUGCACUGCUCGCAGCCAGCAGCCCAAAACAGAAACCAAAAUAAAACACCUGAGAACUCGCAGAACAGCAGCAAAGGAUCUGGCAAUGGAAGCACGAGCACAUUCACAGCGCCCACCACUCUUUCUGUCCCUGGCAGAAUGGUUUUUGACAUGCUCGAUAUCAUUAAAAAAGAAUUUAAUUUGCACAGCUAUUCGCUCAAUGCAGUCAGUGCGCACUUCCUGGGAGAGCAGAAAGAAGAUGUGCACUACACACAAAUUAAAACGCUCUACAACGGAACAGAUGAAACGAGAAAAAGACUGGCCAUCUACUGUCUCAAAGAUACGUAUCUUCCGAUGCGUCUUCUUUUCACUAAAAAUCUGUUCAUCAACUACUGUGAGCUCGCAAGAGUCACCGGAGUGCCUUUUGACUACUUGGUUAACAGAGGCCAGGGAAUUCGGGUCAUGUCGCAGCUUCUUAGACAGGCUAAGACACUCAACUACAUUCUGCCAAAUGUCCAGGGACAGGAAGAGACGUACGAAGGCGGAUAUGUAAUGGAGCCUGAAAGAGGAUUCUAUAGCAGCCCCGUGGUUGUGCUGGACUAUGCGUCUCUAUACCCCUCCAUCAUUAUGGCAUACAACUUGUGCUAUACAACACUGCUGAGCAAAGAACAAGCGCUGAAAAUGGAGAAGAAUGAGUACAUAGAGUCGCCAACAGGAGAUUACUUCAUUAGGAACGAGGUAAAGCCAGGAAUACUGCCUGUGAUACUAACAAACCUUCUCCAGGGAAGAAAAGCCGUUAGAGAAGAACUUAAAAACACAAAAGACCCUGAACUAAAGGCAUCACUCAACGCCAGGCAGCUUGCGCUGAAGGUAUCAGCUAACUCUGUCUAUGGGUUUACAGGUGCUGCCAAAACCGGGCUCGCGUGCAUCCCUAUAUCCCGCAGUGUCACAGGAUUUGGCAGAGAAAUACUGAAAAAAACAAAAGAGCUUGUAGAAGGAGAGUACAAUGAAGAAAUUAACAAAAGCGGGUUUCAGGGCUCAGAGAAGUGGAAACUCCUCGUGGCCUAUGGAGACACAGACUCGGUUAUGGUCACGCAGCCGGGAAUUACGCUGGAGCAGGCCUUCGAGAUAGGAAACAGCAUAUCUCUCUUUGUUUCCAACCGUCUUCCAAACCCGCUGACCCUGGAGUUUGAAAAAGUCUACCAUCCAUUUGUGCUUAUGAAUAAGAAAAGGUAUGCAGGAUGUGCAAAAUCAUCAGCAAAUGAUCCUGGAAGGAUUGAUACGAAGGGCAUUGAAACUGUACGAAGGGAUAACUGCCUCCUGAUCAGAGAGCUCAUGAAAGAGUGCAUUGACAAAGUGCUCCUGGAAGGAGACGUAGAGGGAACGAGAAAGCUCAUCAGAGAAAGAGUAGAUGAUCUGCUAAAAAAUAAUAUUGGAAUCAGUCAGCUGAUUAUUACGAAGUCAAUCAGCAAACAGGAGGGAGAGUACGCGGUAACUCUUGCGCAUGUUUCCCUUGCUGAGAGAAUGAGAAAAAGAGAGGGCACAGGGCCUGGGCUGGGCGACAGAGUCCCGUACGUUAUUAUCGCAGGAAAAGGGCCAUUGCACGAAAGAAGUGAAGAUCCUGUGUAUGCACUGCAGAACAAUCUUCCCAUUGACACACUGUACUAUCUGAAAAACCAAAUUACAAAGCCGUUGGAAAGAUUGCUUUCGUACGUCAUCAAAGACAUCAAUGAGCUGCUCUCUCCGCCCCCGGGAUAUACGGGAUGUAUGGGAGGAGAAAACGGCAGAAGAGAAAUGCCAAAGGGGAUAGGAUCCUUCUUCAAAAAAAAGAAAGUGUGUGGAAUAUGCCGAAGCGGAGAAUAUCCUGUGUGCAAAGUGUGCACGCGAGCCUAUCCAGAGGUUAUAAUGCGAACGUAUAAAAAACUGUAUGAGCUACAGUACAAAUACUAUAAGGUAAUGGGAGAGUGCCAAGACAUGCAGGAGUCAAGACAUACGCCCAUCGUGUGCAGUAACAGAGACUGUCCCGUGUACUAUGUCCGAAUAGAGCUGGUCAAAAAAAUAGAAGAAGUACAGGAAAGAUACAAUCAGCUACUGGAGUAUAAAAAGAAGAUAUAA